AUAAUUUUCAAAACAAGAUGAACAACAUGAUGAAAUAUUGACGCGGUGAUAGUUGAUUUAUUUUUCAAUCACCUGAAAAAAAUGUAGCUUUUGUCAGAUGUGUUAAUUAGAAAGUUAUUAAGUUUCUGUCAUUUGUUUACUUUACACGCUGUCAAGUUUCACUACCGUAUUCGUGACCUGGUUUUAGUAUCAACCAUGAAACAAGAUUAAAAGUGUGUAAUGUCGCUUUCAUGUGCCCUUAAAUUUUGUUAGAACAUGUUUUGGAGAUUAACUAUUAUUUCGGGGAUUAAAACAUUAAAUACUUGGUGACAUGCAGUGAGAUAGAGAACAUGUGUAGGGACUUUAACGUUCUAAAGAAACUUAAAGGAAAAUUGCGGAAAACUAUAAUGCCCAGAAUGAAGGGGGCGGCGGUUCAAUGUUGUAUGUGUAUAACAGGCGUGUUUAUGUUCCUGGGAGGGGUCAUAAUGCUCGCUACAGGAAUUACAUUAAUACUCAAUUAUGGUUUCUUCGACGAAAAUCUUCUUCCGCCGGAUCUUCAGAAUGAAGAGGGUAAACGCACAGUCGGUAUAAUUCUGACAUGUUGUGGUGCACUGGCUAUAGUUAUAAGUGUCAUUGUAAGUGUUUUAUAUUUUUGCGCGCAAUCGAAGUCCACAGCAAUCAAUCCGAGUGAGCUUUCUAGAAUUCCGGCCUCCGCUCGCAAUGCAACUCCAGAUAGUUUAAGUAGAAGUCGAGGGGACAAGCGCUCUCAAACUGGCGCGAAAGUUAAUCACGUGCCAAACGGAGCAGCAAGAACUCAGCACGUUAAGCAAAUUCCAGGCUCGACUGAAGUUAAACUUCCAAGAGCAUAUAAAAAAGGUAGACAUCGGAAAAACCAGCGUCAUGUUAGGCGAUUAGAAGAAAUCAAAGAACAAGACGCAAUAUCUAGAAAAACAGUUGACGGUGCAUUAAUAAAUGAGGGUUAUGAAAAUGAUACUCCAAGAAGUGGGUCGUUUUCAAGUGAAAUGACACUAGACGACCAAAACAGGCCUCCAAAAGUGAUACUUGAUGAUUAUGAUAAUAGACCACCUAGUGAAUGCAGCGCAACUACAUCUCAAACUAGUGAUAUAAGUAAUUAUAGGUACCUAGAAAAUGACAAAUCUAGGCGGGAAUUGCAAUUUCUUCCCGAUUCUGUACAUUAUAGGGAUAUAAACGAAACAGUAUCCAAAGAUAACGGUUCUUUGGAACAUUACGAUGAAAAUUCUCUUAUUGAUAAUAGAAAUGGUGAUGAGUGUUCAAUAGGUAGUGACAGUCUGAGAAAUCCAGUUCUCUUCAAUAGUACCACACCUUCACAGAAUAGUGACACUACUCUUCCUAAUUCCGCUGGCGGAAUGAAUGUUGAGGGUCAACAUGGUGCUGCUCAAACUUACCAACCGGGAGUAACUGACUCGGAUGGAAGCGUUAUAAGUUAUAAAGCGUCCCACUUCACAGAGCUGCGUGGCGAGCAGACAACAGGUCGAAUAUCACCACAAAUCGGAGAAGUUGAAAUGUUUACUUCUGUCGAAGCUCAAAAUAAAGGUACAGAUUCGAGAUAAUGAUUCUUUUCAGGAAUGAUGGUGCAUCAGACAUACACUUAAGUAGCAAAAAUAUGUUGAACUCGAGGCAGUUUACACUGGUGCCGUUAAUGGAGUGGUUCGGAUAAUAUGCACGCUUCAGGUGCCUACAGGAACACGCUUGUGGAUUUUAAGGCAUGUAAAACAACACUGAAUAUUUAGUGGUGCAGUUGGAAAGGUUAAAAGAUCUGGUAUAUUGGUGGUUAAACAUGGUUAGCACAGUCAAAUGUGGAAGGUUUGAGAUAGGGCAGGUACACCCGGCUUCGUUCGUUUGUAAAGAGAAUGAUGUAUAAUUAUAGGUAAAAAGCCUUACAAUGUAAAGCAGAUAGCUGUGAAAUAAUUGGAACUUCAGUCCAUUGCGAUGGAAAAUCUUACUUUUUAUUGUCUUCGGUUCUUCGUAUAAAACUUGUGACAAAUUUAGUCAGAUCUGACAUCCCUAUCCUAACCCCAAGACUUAUUCCUUCAACAGUAUGUGGCAUGUCAAUUGUAGAAUUCAAAGUACUAUUUUCUUUCUUGUAAUGAUAAGUACACAUUACAUCUGUUUUACUUUUAGGUUUUUGUUCACUUUUUGAAAUGAUAAAUGUUUUCAUGCGAAACUGCAUAGAUUAUAGCCUUUUUACAUUGUGGACAAUCAGUUUUAAAGAUGAAAUUAAGGUUCAAUGGUUGUUAAUGUUUCAGAACCCGUCCAGAGCCAACACUACCUGUGAACUGGGGAGUAUCUUCCUGUUCUUAUAAUUUAAAUUUCCGUUUUAAAUAGGGAAGAGUACUUUGUUUCUACGGGUUUAAUGUGUAUUUUCUCUAUGUGAUAUAGCAAAAAAUAUAGAUUUAUAAUUGAGAA